CAUUGGUUUUCCAUUGCAGGUCGUUGUGUGAGUUUCCUAAGGCUUGCGUUGGUGUAAAGUGUCGGGAGUCCAGUGAUAUAUCCCCAGUGCCGGUCACAUUCCAUCAUCCAUUUGGAGUCUCCUCUCUGGAUAUUCCUGUAGCCGCUAGUAUAUCUGCAUUUUAAAAUCUAACGUCGAACCCAAAGAUGGCUGACCAAUUGACCGAAGAGCAAAUUGCCGAAUUCAAGGAAGCCUUCUCCCUCUUCGACAAAGAUGGAGAUGGCACCAUCACAACCAAGGAAUUGGGAACUGUCAUGAGGUCACUCGGACAGAAUCCAACAGAAGCUGAACUUCAAGACAUGAUCAACGAAGUUGAUGCCGAUGAAUUUGUCACCAUGAUGAUGUCCAAGUAAUGUGGGUGCUGUGAAUGGAACUGCAAAAGGAUAAUUUUUUGGGACACCCUGUUGGACAAGGUGAGGCAAGGCAGUGUGCAUGCAUGGUUACUAUGCUUUGCCUCUCCCCCAGUAACUGGAACUACGUGGACUCCUAUCUUCUCCGCUAGUGGUUUUGGCAGUGUCCCCAUCCCUCAGUCCCACAUAUGAGUCAGGACAGAAAAAAAGUAUCAUGUGAACAGCAUGGGAUAGGAUUCUGGUUCUCUGCUUCAUUUUGGCGCUUUGUGAUGUUUGAAUUUUUGACACAUGCACUUGCCUUGCCCUUCCCUCUCCUCAUUGCGUCCUCUGUCUCCUCAUCGUCUCCCGGGUGAGACUUGUGAUUCUCAUUGUCAUUCUUGAACUUUAAAGGUUUAAACUUCAUUCUCCACAUUUUGGAAGGGUUGGCCUAGGGAAUGUAGCAAUCCAGAUCACAUUGUUGAGAUUUCUUGACUGGUAUGAGUGUAAAAACCAACUAUGGAAUUGAUAAAUUGCACGAACAUUUGGGGUGAAAUUGGUUUUUGGGAAUCCUCAGUAGUUGGCUUCUUUCUCUUCAGUCAGUGCAUUUCUUGAUAUAUCUAUUCAAUGGAAGUUUCGAGAUGAGAACCAAGAUUCAAGUUGGUCAUCGCAUUGAGAAUGAUUCCCCUUUUAUUCAAAGCCCCUCACUUCCCAAUUCACCAGAGAUUGAGACCUUGCUUCAGUGUGUACAGUUGAGGCUUGUACAGUGAUUGAUUUCACUCCUGCUCCUGUUGUGGCGAGUGCAGUGGGUUGUGGGCGUAUUGGAUUCUGGCCCUUGGUGAAAUUUUAGAUUAGGCAUAUUCCAUCUCUUAUAACCCAUAUUGGUUAUGAAGGGGAAGAUGAAUCUUGUGAUGCUCGUUCUUCCUAUAUAACUUUAAUGGUUGAAGUUGUUUCCUUGAUUUUGCCUGAAGAGUGCUCACCAACCUGAUCAAAUAGAAAAAUUUCCCCCUCUCCUCUUCAUGUUCCUCCGAUCUAUCCAUCUUUAUCUGUUCCUUCUUUGACUAUAUCUGAAUUAUUCUUCUUGUGAAUCAGACUUGGAGGCCCCUGUCUGCAUUCAUGUUUCAUCGCUGGGACUCUAAGAUGCCCCAUAUUUCCCAAUCACAUUCAUUGUCAUCAGAGAGAAAAUACAUUCCGCUGUUUUACCUUUUUUUUUUUACGACUCAUCUGAUGGGCCCUUCCUUGUCAUAUCUCUGUAGCUGGCAGAAUUUUUUCUUCCCUCUUGAUGAUAGAAAAAUUUGAAAUGAUUAAGGAGAAUCCUGUUGGGAUGUGGAACAUUCUCUGAAUGUUGCCCAUAUAAAUAAAACCUUGGAAUGAGAAUCGGCUGCAUA